AGGCUUCGGUGCUCUCCGUGAAGGCGCUGGGAAGAAGGACUUGUAAGACCGAAGGCGCCCAUCAAACCAGCAACAGAGAGACUCGCGAACCUCUUUCUUUUUUUAAAAAAAAUAAUGAUGCUGGGGGUCGUGUGAAUGGGGGGUCUCUUUAACAGCUACAGAGCGAUGCUAUUGGAGGACUCAGGCGCGUAGCGAAAGAUAAACAAACGCGCGGGCGCAGAGCCGCGAUUUGAUUCCAAGCUCUGCCGUCUUUGGAAAUGCUUCCCAAAUCGGUCAGCCUCAAAGGGCAGCGGAAAGAGAGCUGACCUGGAACCCGGAGAGUCCCGGAUCGCUUGCGGAUCGCCUUAGAACUUUUCCUUUCUCCGGCGGGGGAGACGGGCGAGAAAGAGAGAGAGAGAGAGAGGUGGCGGGCAGGAAGGAGGAGGCGGCCGGACCUUGAAUGGAGAGCGGCGUGCUUGCUGGAGCUCGCUAAUCUCUAGCAGGGAGCUGGGCGAGGAGAAGAGACCGGAGCGUGGAUCGGGUUCCCGUCUGACAGCGGGAAGGACAGAAGGGAUCGCCUCAAAAGCGGGGGGAGGCCAAGAUGGCUGAAGUGUCUCCCCCCGCGCUCUUGUCCCCUCUGGACGUGGAGUUGGACCCGGAGUUCGAGCCCCAGAGCCGUCCUCGCUCCUGUACGUGGCCCCUGCAAAGGCCCGAGCUCCAAACGAGCCCGGCCAAGCCUUCGGGAGAUGCGGCCGCCGACGCAGCCUCCAUGAUUCCCGAAGAGGACGACGACGCUGACGACGAGGAGCAAGGGGGCACCUCCGCCGCCGCUGUCUCCGGCGGCGCCGGCGACGCUCUCGCUUCGGAAGACACGGCCCGUCUGCUGGUUCCCUUCUCCGGACUGCCCGGGGAAGGAUCUGGCGCCUCUGCGUUGAGCGGCGGGCAGCAGCCUCAGCCAGUGGCGGCGGGAACAGCGGCCGCGCCGCGAAAAUGCUCGUCCCGGAGAAACGCGUGGGGGAACUUAUCGUACGCGGACCUGAUCACUCGCGCCAUUCAGAGCUCGCCGGAGAAGCGCCUCACCCUGUCCCAAAUCUACGAGUGGAUGGUGCGCUGCGUGCCCUACUUCAAGGAUAAGGGCGACAGCAACAGCUCGGCGGGCUGGAAGAACUCAAUCAGACACAACUUGUCCCUUCACAGUCGAUUCAUCAGGGUACAGAAUGAAGGAACUGGGAAAAGCUCGUGGUGGAUGAUCAACCCCGAUGGUGGGAAAGGAGGGAAAGCGCCACGCAGACGGGCUGUAUCGAUGGACAACAGCAACAAAUACACAAAGAGCCGAGGACGAGCAGCUAAGAAAAAAGCAGCCCUUCAAGUUGCCCAGGAGACAAGUGACGACAGCCCCACCCAACUAUCCAAGUGGCCUGGUAGCCCAACCUCCCGUAGCAGUGAUGAACUGGAUGCGUGGACAGAUUUCCGGUCUCGUACCAACUCGAAUGCCAGUACAAUAAGUGGCCGCUUGUCCCCAAUAUUGGCAAGCACUGAGGUAGAUGAGGUGCACGAUGAUGAUGCUCCCCUUUCUCCCAUGUUGUACAGUAGCUCACCCAGCAUGUCCCCAUCAGUGAGCAAGCCCUGUAACGUUGAGCUGCCUAGGUUGACUGACAUGGCAGGCACAAUGAACUUGAAUGAUGGCUUGACAGAUAAUCUUAUGGAUGACCUCCUGGACAAUAUAACCCUUCCCUCUUCCCAGCAGUCACCCACAGGAGGUCUCAUGCAGAGAAACUCAAGCUUUCCAUACGGCUCCAAAGGUUCAGGGCUUGGUUCUCCAUCCAGUAGUUUCAACAAUGCUGUGUUUGGACCAUCAUCUCUGACUUCUCUCCGUCAGUCUCCCAUGCAAACCAUCCAAGAGAACAAGCAAGCUACAUUUUCUUCCAUUUCACACUACAAUAACCAAACUCUGCAGGAUCUGCUGGCUUCGGAUUCACAUAGCCACAGCGAUGUCAUGAUGACUCAAUCUGAUCCACUCAUGUCACAAGCUAGCACCGCUGUAUCUGCCCAAAACGCCCGCAGGAAUAUUAUGCUUCGGAAUGAUCCAAUGAUGUCGUUUGCUGCUCAACCAAGUCAGAGCUCUUUGACCAAUCAGAACCUGCUCCACCACCAGCAUCAAUCCCAGAAUUCCUCUCUCAGUGGCAGCCGUGCCUUGUCAAAUUCUGCCGGUACUAUGGGCUUAAGUGACACCAACCUUGGAUCAGCAAAACACCAGCAACAGCCACCUGCCAACCAGUCUAUGCAAUCACUUUCUGACUCCCUCUCAGGCUCUUCUUUGUAUGCCAACAGCGUGAGCCUUCCAGUCAUGGGGCACGAUAAAUUCCCCAGUGAUUUGGAUCUGGAUAUUUUCAAUGGGAGCUUGGAAUGCGAUAUGGAGUCCAUUAUCCGCAGUGAACUCAUGGAUGCAGAUGGAUUGGAUUUUAAUUUUGAUUCCCUCAUCUCAGCCCAGAAUGUUGUUACACUGAAUGUGGGAAACUUCACUGGUGCUAAGCAAGCUUCAUCACAGAGUUGGGUUCCAGGCUGAAGGAUUUAUGCAAAGAAGGGAAAAUGGGCAAAGCAGGUUAGCAAUGUUUAGUCUGUUACAUUUGGUACU